UGCCACCAAACUCUGACUGCUGUUGUUAAUAGUACGGUGUUUCACCCAGUCAAUACAGCUACCCUCUCCCAACACAGCAGCACUAUGAGCAGGGCCGAAAUUCAAAGCUUGACGGUAAAAAAUUACCGUCUAACAGACUUAAUUGGUGACUUCGCCGGAGAAGAACUAGUCCUUGUUGAAGGUGAUUCUUUGAUUUUCCGCGUUUUAGGAAAUGACUGUCACUUUUUUGGAAAAAAUGGCGUUCAAAUUUUGCAUGGUAUUUACAGGAUUGAAAAGGAACUUGCGAAGUUUAAACAGGCUCGUUUAAACUACUGCAUUGUAUUUUUUAAAAAAUGGGAGGCUUUAUAUACGAGAUACGACCCUUUGUUGAGGGAAUCACUCAUUUUGUUUCGUCGUAUUUUGAUCCGUCAUCUUAGAAAACACGUGUCGGUAUACUCGUUUAAGAAUGUUUCGGAUUCUCAAUGGAGUUUGUUUAUUUCAAAGCAUCGUCCUUACGGCUUUGUUGCUCUUGACACACCGCACAGUUCUACUGAGAAUGGAUUAAAGCUUUCUGAGGAGCAAGUACUUGUUUUCAAGUCAUUUGUAUACUCCGCUUUGGCAGACGGAAUCCCUGUCGCUCUCUUAGGUUCUUACAAGUUUGUCGAUAACAAAAUAUUGGUCUCCAUCAAGUCUGCUUUCUCUCAACGUUCCCCUGAACACGUCGAAAGCGCCUACAAGGUUCUUUCUAAGGCCUUGAAUAAGUUUGAGAAGGUUGACUAUGAAAUGGAGCUUCCUGACAUUGAUGUUGACUCUUGUGAAACGAACGCUGAGCGUGUGAUCGUGCUCGUUGCCGGUUAUUUGCUGCGUCACAGCAAAUCUAAGAAUAUUAUGAACUACGCCAGACUUUUAGUGCUUCUGACCUCUGUGUUGGAUCAACUCUCCUUAAAAUCUCGUUUCCAACCCUCUUACGAAGCUUUCCAACACGAGGAUGUUCAGACUUUCUUGGUCGAGUUCUUGAAAUGCAGCUCUACUGUACUUCAAUUCAUUGACUCUAAGGUGAACGGUUUCCACGAUCUUUUUGACAGCCGUGUCUUCAUGCGUUUGAUGGCUGAUGCCGCUCGUGGCAAGUUGGAACUUCCCGAGAUAAACCAAGAGCGCGCCUUGUCUUUGUGGAAAGUAAUCAUCGACUUCUGCCCCGAAGCAGGCGAGUUACUUGACUUCAAGCCUUUUGAGGGAAUUUCGGAAGACUUGUUUACUCCCAUGCUUCCAAAGGUUACGGACGUUGACACUGCUCUUUGUGUUAUAUAUGACCCUGUUAUUGCUCAGUUUUAUGAAUCUUCUGAGUGGCAUGAAAUCCCCGAGAAGGAGCCUCGUCCCUUGGAGACCGUCUUGGACUUUUCUCGUCUUCGGAUUAACGAUAAGGCCAUGACCAACAAGCGCUAUGAGGAUCUGAAGUCAAUGCAGAAAAAAACUGGCGAUGAGGUGAAAGAUCGUCGUCAACAAAGCCGUGCUAGAAAACAAGAUCAAUUCUUUAUUAGUCACGUUCAGAAAUACGCCAGUUCUUUAACGGGUGCUAAGGGUGGUCAACUUAAGCGUUUAACCAUCUUUACGAACACUGCAAAGGAAAAUGUUGCCAAGUCCAAGGAGGCUGAGUUGGCAGAGAAGGAAAAGGAGAAGGAGAAAGAGGAACCCGCUAAGAAGGGUAAAAAGGAUAAGAAGGAAAAGGGCGCAAAGAAGGGAAAGAAUGGAAAGGCUGCUAAACCAUCUAAGGCCGACUUAAUUCGUGCGGAGAUUGCUGCUAAAAAGGCUGAAAAGGAGGACAACAAAAAUGAGAUGAUUUGGCAAGAAACUAAGGCUGACUUGAACCGCGUUAAGGACUUGCAUCUUCGUGUUUCUCGUCUUGCCCAACUGCUUUCAAUCAAGUCGUUUGAUCCCUAUAUUGAAAAUGAGAUGCGUCUCUACAAGAUUCGCAUUCUCUUGUCUCUUUGGGCUGCCGUUUGUGUUUCUGACGAGGAGAAGGAGAAGAACAUCAACUUCGCUGUUGAGAUCUUCCGUGAAAUUUCGCUCAUCUAUCCUAACCCCAUCACAAAGCAAAUUAAGGCCGCUUUAGACGACACUUUGACUGCCUUUGGAUUGGAAUCUGUUAUCCGUAAGGUGAAAAAGCUUGAAUCUCGUCCCCUCUCUUUCCCUUUCGUCCUUCCCGAGUUGGAGGACGAAGAGAUGGAUAUGGAGAUUCCCUACACUUCGUCCACAUUCCAACUUCUCCACUUUGGUGAGUACAUGGAGCGUUCUAUGGGUAGUGCUCCCGACUCUCGUGUUGCUUUUGAUCCCGAUAAGUGGCAACGCGAUACUUUGGAUAUUCUUGACCGUGAUGAGUCUGUCUUCGUUGUUGCUCCUACCUCUGCUGGUAAGACCUUCAUUUCUUUCUAUGCUAUGGAGAAGGUUCUCCGCGAUAACGAUGAGGGUGUUGUUAUUUACGUUGCUCCUACUAAGGCCUUGGUCAAUCAACUGUCUGCUGAGGUUUAUGCUCGUUUUAACAAGAGAUACCCUCAUGCUGGUCAAACUGUGUGGUCGGUUUACACUCGUGAUUAUCGUAUCAACAACCCUACCAACUGUCAAGUGUUGAUUACUGUCCCCCACGUUUUGCAGAGCAUGCUUUUGCAGCCUGCUUUGGCUAACGCUUGGUGCCCCAAGAUCCGUCGUAUCAUUUUCGAUGAAAUUCACUCUAUUGGACAAAUGGAAGAUGGACUUGUCGCCGAGCAAUUGCUUCUCCUGUCGCCUUGUCCCAUUGUUGCUCUUUCUGCUACUGUUGGUAAUCCCAAGGAGUUCCACCACUGGCUUUCUGCUUUGCAACGUGCCCGCGGAAUUCCUGUUCAUCUAAUUGAGCACAAGCACAGAUACUCUGAUCUUCGUAAGUUUGUCUAUGGCGCUACUCGCGAUUUCGAUGGACUUCAAGAUGAGAAGGACUGUGGUGAAAUCCAGUUUUUGCAUCCUGCUUCUGCAAUGUCAUUCUCUGAUGGUUCCACAACAGGUCUUACAUUUGAACCUCGAGACUGUCUUCAGCUUUAUCAUGCUAUGAAGCUUGUCUCGAAGGGUGACUUUAAGAUUAGCAAGAAAUUGGACCCUGACAAUUACUUCAGUGACUGCCAAUUUAUCAAAAAAGUUGACGUUGUUGCUUACGAGAAGAAAAUCAAGGAAACUCUUCACACCUGGGCCUCCCUUCCAAAUGCCUUUGCUCCAACCUCUCCCUUCCAAGCUCUCAUCCGUCAUUUCUGCAAUGAGCCUCAACGCCUUAUCAAUAACCAGUUGAAGCUUCACAAGGAUAUUUCUAGCAUUGAAUACAUUGCUAAGAGUACUUUGCCUAUGUUGAAGGAUUUGCAUAGCAGAGAUUUAUUGCCUACCAUCUGCUUCAACUACGACAGACAGGAGUGUGAGUUUAUUGCUGAGACGGUUUACAAGACCUUGACCGAGAAAGAGCGUGAAUGGCGUGAGAACUCUGAGGAAUGGAAGGAGAAGAUGCGUGAGUAUAAGAAAUGGCAAGCUUCCGCAACUCAAAGAGCUAAGCAAGCCGAGAAGUUCCAAAAGCUUGCUACCGAGAAGCAAAAACUCCAGGCUCUUAAGGAAGCUGGCGAUGUCUCCUGGAUUGAAUUUUUCGACCCGAACGAGCCAUCUGCUGAGUUCUCUUUUGCUGGUGUGAAGUCUACCUACGGUAAGGAAGAGCUUUACCGUGAUUUGGAGUCCCUUCGUAAUCGCCAUGCCGUUCCCGAAUGGUACAUUGAUGCUCUUUACCGUGGUAUCGCUAUUCACCAUUCCGGUUUGAACAGACGUUACCGUCAAAUUGUCGAGGUUCUUUUCCGUUGUGGUCAACUCACCGUUGUUAUCGCUACUCGUACUCUUUCUUUGGGUAUUAACAUGCCUUGUAAGACUGUUGUUUUCUUGGGUGAUAGUCAACAACUGACUGCUUUGAACUUCCACCAAGCUGCUGGUCGUGCCGGUCGUCGUGGUUUCGAUCUCUUGGGUCGUGUUGGCUUCCUCGGUGUUCCCAUGCACAAGAUUUAUCGUCUUCUUACUACUAAGCUUUGGGAUAUCCAGGGUCAAUAUCCUGUUACGACAACGUUGACUCUUCAACUUAGUCAAUUGGUUUCAGGUUCUCAGGCUUCACCUUUCGCUCGUGACCUUGUGAAGGCAUUGGUCAAUGAGCCCAAGUUCAUGAAGAAUGGUGAGACUUUCAGCGUCCAAUUCCUUCAUCAUCUUCGCUUCAACAUUGAGUAUCUUCGUAGAGAGGGACUGCUUGAUGAGUUCUGCAAGCCCAUCAACUUGUCCACUUUGACUACUCAUUUGUACUAUGCUGAGCCUUCGAAUUAUGCCUUCAUUAAUCUUCUUCGUCAAGGUAUUUUCCAUGACUGUGCUAAGGUUUAUGAGAGCAACAGACUUGAGGCUAUGAAGCUUACUGUCUCUAUUCUCGCUCACCUCUUUGGUCGUAUUCCACUUUCCGCUGAGUACGCUGCUGAAAUUAAGAGUCGGAAUGACUUGGCACCUUCAGAAGUUUUGCUUCCCGAACUGCCUUCUAAGGCUUUGGACGUUUUGCGUGCACAUGAUCAACGUGUUUUGGACUUGUAUAAGACUUACAUUCGUUUGUACCAGGAACAUGGAAACGUCGGUGUCAAUGACACUGAGCUUCCUUUGUCGAAGAUUGCCGUUGGCGGUACCGAGGAAUUGCCAAACUCCGCCAAAUUUGGUGUUAUUUCACCAUUCCAUGCACUUGGCGGUUAUACUGAUGCCGAUGUCAAGGAUGUUCCAAGCUUCCUUGAAUCCAUUUCGGACAACAUUCUCUUGAAGACGUCUCAUCUUCCUUUCGCCCUUAGUGGUGACAAGUAUCUUAAUGCUUACCUCCUUGAUUUCUUUGUUCAUGGAAGCGUUGAGCUUCUUGUUGAACAAAAUGAUCUUAAGCACUCUGAGAUCUGGUUCGUUCUUAACGAUUUCAGUUUGGCUCUUGCUACUAUCUGUAGUUGUUUGGGUAACUUGUUGAAUCUUGUUACCGAGGCUGAUCUUGAGAAUGCUAUGAGUGCUUUGGAAGGUUCCGACGCUCUCCAGGCUUCGUCUGAGAAGACGGAUAACAAUACGACUACAACAUGGACUUCUACUAUUAGUACGAACUACUCUACUACUCAAAGCCCGGAUGAGAAGCUUGACGUUGAGUUGUUCAAGGUUUACCGUAUGUUUUUGGAUGUUCGUAAUGAGUUCGAUACGAAGUUCAAGAAGAUGUGGGCUUAGGCUUCGCGGGCGUGCUUGUCCAUGCUUUUCACGACACUGGUACUGGCUGUACAUUUUAGUGGUACUAAAUGUUCUUUCCACAGAGUUAUUGAGUUGAUCCUCACGAAGUGGAUAACUAAUGUAGACAUAAUUUUUUAGAAUAAAACUGGGUAGUACAAAUAAGCCUGUAAUGCUUCGUCGUGA